AUGGAGAGAGAGAGAGAGAGAGAGAGAGAGAGACUUUCACCUUCUGGUUUGGGCGGCAGCGAUGGCGGAGGCAGACUUCUUUGGCAUAUGGACUUGAAACCUCACGCUUUUGGCGAUUUUUUGAUUGCUGUCGUUCAAGCUAACUCUUCCCUUGAAGAUCAAAGCCAACUCUUCACAUCUCCUUCAGCCACUUAUGUUGGCAUCUACGAUGGACAUGGUGGCCAUGAAGCUUCUCGAUUCAUCAAUAACCAUCUCUUCCCUUAUCUUCACAAGUUUGUGGCAGAACAUGGGGGAUUUUCAGUGGAUGUCAUAAAGAAGACUUUUGAUGCCAUUGAGGAGGAGUUCUUGCAUUUGGUGAAGCGUUUGUGGCCGGCCCGACCGCAAAUCACUUAUGUGGGUUCUUAUUGUUUGGUUGGUGCCAUUUCUGAUGAUAUGUUGCAUGUGGCCAACCUUGGGGGCUCUAGGGCUGUUCUUGGGCAGAAGGCAUCCAUUGGUCAAAGGAUUCCGGUGCUGGCGAAACGCUUGUCCACCGAUCAUAAUGUUGCAGUGGAGGAAGUAAGGAAGGGUCGAGAUGCUACAUCCAUACGAGAACGUGGAGUUUGGCGGGUUAAGGAUAUAGGACGAGUACCAAAAUGUACAUAA